AUGGAAAACAAGGAGAACCCGCAAGUAGAGCAAUUACACCACCCAGAAUCAGCUGCCGUUGUCGAUGACCAGAAUGAGGAUAAAGGCGCUGGCCAAAGAGCUUUGCUUGCGCAGAAGUUGAAGCAAACCUCAAACUCAUUUGUGUCUCCAACAGACAACUUGAUGACUCCAGUUACAGCUAAAUUGGCUAAUCAUAAGAAAAAGAACUUUUCAAAAGCUAAACCUGUACAGCUCACAGACAGAUUCCAGUCCACUGUACCUACAGAAUCGCCACAAGCUGUCAAAAGACACGACAAUCCAUUUGACGAAACUCCAAGUGGAAACUCCAACUGA